AUGUCUGAUUUUGCGCCGCCAACUGGCCCACCUCCCCCUACUGUACCAGCAGGGUACAAGGCUAUUUGGAACGAACAGUACAAGGAAUGGUUCUACGUCAACAUCUACACAAAGCAAAGUCAAUGGAACAAGCCUACCGACCCCGUCUAUCCUGCUGGCGAUGGUGCUCCUGCAGGACCACCCCCGGGUUAUGCGGGCGGCGGAAUGGGCAGCAUGAAUGAUACAAAGUCAAAUCCCUAUGAUACCAAACCAGGUGGUCCCCACGCCGAAAGCGAUGCCGAGCUCGCUGCCCGAUUACAAGCCGAGGAGAAUGCGAGAGGAUCGAGUAGUAGGAAUGCGCAACAAGACUAUCAAAAUACCCCGAUGGGUCAAUCUCCGAGCUACCAACAAGAUCUACCCGCGAGGGAGCAGAAGAAGUCGGGUGGUUUCCUAGGAAAACUACUCGGAAAGGCAAGCGGAGGUUCUAGCAGUCAACAUCAGGCCGGAUAUGGCGGAUAUGGUGGAAAUCAAUAUCCUCAGCAGUAUCCUCAACAACAGCAAUAUCCACCGCAGAACUACCCGCCUCAGGGCUACCAGCAGGGCUACCCUCCCCAGGGCGGCUAUGGAGGAGGUUACUCCCCAUACGGUGGUGGUGGCUAUCAACAGCAAGCGCCCAAGAAGUCGGGAGGCUUGGGUAUGGCCGGCGGAGCUGCACUCGGACUUGGGGGUGGUCUGGUUGGAGGAAUGUUACUUGAAGAUGCUAUUGGAGGUGACGGCGGCGAUGGAGGAGGAGAUGGUGGAGGAGAUGGUGGAGGAGACUAUGGCGGUGGAGAUGGUGGUGGAGACUUCGGCGGUGGGGAUGAUGGUGGCGGUGGAGAUUUCUGA